UCAGACUCAAACGUGGUCUGCAACUACGAGACUAUGGAUCCAGCCAAGUUUUAUCACCAGGUUGAGCAGCGCGUGAUAGAGUUGCAAGACCAGAUCAGCCAGCUCGGCUCCAUCGCCACGGUGGGAGGCGAGCGCUUAGACGCCACUGAGGCCAUUCAGGCCGACAUUGCCAACCUCACGCGGCGGGUGGCAGAUGCGUCAGACAAGCUGCCUCCAUACGACCAGAAACAUUAUGCAGAAGCCAUCAAGCGCCUCACAGAGAUGUUGAAUGAGGAACUCGCCCGCCUCCACCCGAAACCCCGGUUCAAGUUCAAGCCGCGGACGGCGUCUGCCAUCACGGCCGAUCCGAACAACGAUCCUCGCCUGCUGCGUGGCACAGUACCCAGUGGACCCGAUAAGGCGGCGACCGAAGACGUAGUAGGGGCGCUGCCCAACGUUCCUGGCGGAAAGAGCUACAAUGACGAAAUAGCACGACCCGGCCUGGGCGGGAUCCGAAAGCCCAGCUUUUCAGCCGCGCGCACCAUCGACAUCCGUGACCACGAGGGAUUGCACAUCAUUCUGCCAUUGACAGCAGCCAAGGCCACGAGCUCGGGCAGCCUGCAGAAUAUGCGGGACUGUGUCGUCGACAUGUCAGAGCCAGCAGCCGGCAAGGCGUCGUUCGCCAACCUAGUAAUCCGUGACGUCGACCGCUGUCUGGUCGUCGCCGGCAACGUCAACGGGCCAGCGCACAUCACGGGCGUGAGGGAUAGCGUCUUGGUCGUGUCAGCACGGCAAGUGCGUAUACACGAGUGCCGUAACGUCCGCAUUUACCUGUACUGUUCAAGUCGCCCGAUUAUCGAAGACUGCGAGGGGAUGAAGUUUGCUCCUCUGCCGGCUUCUCACUUAUCGCAAGAUCAAGAUCCCGCCAAAAAUCAAUGGGAUCAAGUUGACGACUUCAAGUGGCUUAAAGCGGACCACUCCCCCAACUGGACCAUUUUGCCUGAAGAAGAAAGACUGCCUGAAGAAAUUUGGAAUAGCACCAUGAAGGGACGGCCAGGGUCAGGACCUAAGGAUAUCCUGAAAGAGACAGGAGUGUUGGUAGACUGA